UAGGCUGCUGCGUUGGCGCUGCGUGCAACAGAAUCAAGAGUUGUUCUGCAAGUUGAGAGAAAGUCAGCUGAUCGAGUUUCACACAGAGAUCCAUACAUUUAUUUUAUUUUUGUUGCUGGUGAUUUUCACUGAAGGGGACCAUGGUUAUGUUGAAGAUCUCUGCUUUCCUCGUUGCCUACGCCCUGGUCAUUUGCCAGAUGUACUGCUCACAAGCCGCCCCCGCCAGACCGGGUUUAGAGUCCAUGUCAGACCAAGUCACGCUCACGGACUACGAGGCACGAAGGUUACUCAACGCCAUUGUCAAGGAGUUUGUGCAGAUGACGGCGGAGGAGCUGGAGCAGCAGGCGACUGAAGGAAACAGCAGCGUUACAGCACAGAAGCGAGCCUGCAACACGGCAACUUGCGUGACUCACCGUCUGGCGGACUUCCUGAGCCGGUCGGGGGGAAUGGGCAACAGCAACUUCGUCCCCACCAACGUCGGCGCCAAGGCCUUCGGCAGGCGGAGGAGAAGUGUCCAGAUGUGAGGACUUCAAAACCUUCAGGGACACGAGGUUGAAACCUGACAAGAAACAUCAGAAAAAAAAUCCUGAGAACAAAAACCAACAAAAACAGAAUCAAGCAGAGAAAGUAAAACAGUGAACUGGCCCUUUAUCCACUCCUCCACCUUCUUACGGGAAAGAAACUCCACCGGACCUCUCGUCCACAUCUCCAUCCUGUUAGUCCAACUUUUGCUUUUGGCAGAAUAAGAGUUAAAAAAGAGAAAAAAAGCACUUUAGUUUCUGUCCAUGAACAAAUGAACUGAUGGUUCCUCUUUUUUAUACAUGAGUAUCAUUGGAAAAUAAAAUGAAAGCUGCAGUGGUUAUCACCUGAUUUCUUCUCUCCUUUCACCUGGUGCGAGCACAUAUCUCCUGAGAUCCAUACAUCCUCCAUGUUCCCCCCUCCUCCUGAGGGUUCCCUGAGGGACGCCAUUAAAGAUCAGCCUACCCAAGGCCCCCCCACAACGGCUGUUGUCUUGUGCCUUGAUGUAGAACAAUUUACAUGAUUGUACAGUUGUGUUUCGAGACGAUAAAGAAGACCCGAGCGGGGACGAAGAGAACGAAGACACAUUAAUAUUGUAAACAAUAUUGUGAAAACAAAUUUCAGCAAGAUUAAAAUGUAUUUUAGAUACACUCGGGUUUGGGGUACUUGUGUUGUUCUUCUGAAGGUUUUGAAGCUCUUAGCAAUAGGAGGAGGUGUGGGCCGUCACAGCUCAUGUUUAUACAUUCAUCACUGGAAUAUUGAUGUUAAUGAGAAUAUUUCCAGAAACACACACGCCCUGAAUAUCUGUAGCACACAUCUAACAAACAUUAAAAGCAGACCCACAGUCGAACACUGUUGGGGUCACUCUGUAUGCAGCGACAGUCUGCAGGUGGAAACACAUCACUUUGACUGAGCGACUCCACGGCAGCAUGAUGAGAUGAAACAAGAGAAACAAGUGCAUGGCUAACAGCUUAAUAAA